AUGGAGGAGAUGGAGGCAAAGAUAUCCCGUUUCAGCGAGGAGAUGGAGACAAAGAUAUCCAGUUUCAGUGAAAAGAUGGAGACAAAGAUUUCCAAUUUAAGUAAGGAGAUGGCGGAAAAAAUUUCCAUUUUGAGCAAGGAGAAAGAGGCGAACGUCUCUUUUUUGAGGGAGGACAUGGAGAGAUAUAUGUUUAUUUUGAGCAUGGAUAUGACUUUGACAGAGGAGAUGACUUUGACAGAGAAGAUCUGCGAUAUAGCGAAAAAAGUCAACAGUUUGAUCGACGAGAUGAAUGUGAGGGAAGAGAUCGAGAUAAAGGAGCAGAAGAAAAAGAUGAAGGCAGCUAUCUCCCGUUUGAGAAAGACAGAGAUGUUCGGAAAGAAGUCCCGUGUUAUCCCUCUAGAGAUUGGAAGAUUGAGCAAUCUUGUGGAAUUAGAUCUGGCCUUUAACAAUCUCGGUGGAACAACCCCUUCUAGUCUAUGUAAUUUAACACAGUCGGAAUACUUAGACCUUUCUUCUAACAAACUUGAAGGUCUCGUACCUCAAGACCUUAGGAAUUUGAGGAAUCUCACUCUGUUAUAUUUGUAUGAGAACAACCUAAAUGGACCUAUUCCUUCAACUCUGGGACUCUUGAUUCAUCUUCGUUUUCUGAGCCUUUCCACAAACAACCUAAAUGGAAGCAUUCCGUCACAGAUCAGUGCUCUUUCACAGCUCAAAAUUCUUUCUCUGCACAACAAUUAUUUAACAGGUGUUAUCCCUCCGGAUAUUGGAAGAUUGAGCAAUCUUGUGGGACUGACCCCAAAAGACUGUGUUUCAUCAUGUUGCAAUUUUCUUCCCAUCACCACAGUUCUCAUCAUCUUAAUUAUUGGAUUUUUGUUUCCUGUCAAACGUAAAGAUAAAAAUGCUAAACUUGAAAUAAGGGAAACAAAGAAUGGAAAUGUGUUCUCAAUUUGGAAUUGUGAUGGUACAAUAGCAUUUGAAAACAUGAUUGAAGCUACAGAGGAUUUUGACAUCAAAUAUUGCAUUGGAACUGGGGCUAACGGUAGUGUCUACAAGGCGCAACUACCAAAUGACAGAACAGUUGCUUUGAAGAAACUUCACAAUUCAGAAUUACUAGAGUUAGCUUUCCUAAAUAGUUUCCAAAAUGAAGCUCAUAUAUUGUCAAAAAUACGACAUCGAAAUAUUGUGAAACUUUAUGGAUUUUGUUUACACAAAAAAUGCAUGUUUCUGAUUUAUGAGUACAUGGAAAGGGAAAGUUUGUUUUGCAUUCUACAUAAUGAUGAUGAAGUUGUUGAGUUGGAUUGGAGUAAGAGGGUGAACAUUGUGAGGAAUAUUGCACAUGCUCUAUCUUACUUACACCAUGAUUGUGUACCAUCCAUUGUUUACCAUGACAUAUCGAACAACAACAUUCUACUAAACUCAGAAUUGGAAGCAUUUGUUGCUGACUUUGGGUUGGUUAGACUUCUACAUCCCAACUCCUCUAAUAGAGCCAUCUUAACAGGAACUCAUAGAUAUAUAGCCCCAGUUUUGGAGUUGUGAUGCUUGAAACAUUGAUGGGUUGUCAUCGAGGAGAGUUGCUUUCAUCAUUAUCAUCUUCUUCUAUUCAAAAUAUGAAGCUUGUUGACGUAUUAGACCCACGGCUUCUGCCUCCUUAAAACAAAAUGUUUCUCCCGGAUAUUGGUCUUAUUGCAAGAACAGCUUUUGCUUGCUUGUGUUCCAAUCCAAAGUCACGACCUACAAUGCACCAAGUGUCUCAUGAAUUUCUUGGACGCAAGACACCAUGGCAAAGCCUUUUCAUGAGAUUUCCAUCUCUGAGAUGAGAAACCAAAAAAUGUAUGCUAUUGAUGAAUGAGAGGUUUAGGCGUGGAUGCUUUUCACAUAUUUGCUGUAACAAUCCUAUAGCAGCACCUGAAUGUAUUUAUGAUUAAAAGGUGACCACCGAAAUGGAGGUGACCUUAAACUUAUUAUAUAGAAAGUUGCUUCAGGACGGGACGAGAGUAUCAAGCAAAAAAUUUUAAA